AUGGCGUCCAGUUCUCCGUGGACGGCAAAGCAGAACAAGCAGUUCGAGCGGGCCCUGGCGGUGUUCGACAAGGACACCCCGGACCGGUGGCAGAAGGUGGCAAGGGAGGUGGGUGGCAAGUCCCCCGAUGAAGUGAAGCGGCACUACGACGACCUCAUCGACGACCUCCGGCGCAUCGAGUCGGGCCGAGUCCCCGUCCCCAACUACCGCUCCUCAGCCUCCCGGAGCGGCGGCAGCGGCGGCCGGGAGAGACUAGACGAGGAGCAGAGGUUGUCGUUAACUCUAAGCAACGACCCUUGUUUCUUCGGUUCGUCUUCUCCAAUCCGCUCUACAUUCUAA